GCAGAAACGAAAAGAUAUUUUUCUCAUGGAUUGGUGUAAAUCAUCGAUAAGAUUAAUGUGUUAGCAUCAUGGAAAGCGGAGAUCAUGUUCUAACGACUUUGAAAAUCCUCAUCAUUGGCGAAAGUAGUGUCGGGAAAUCAAGUUUGCUGUUGAGAUUCACGGAUGACAAGUUUGAUCCCGAACAACCGCUUACCAUCGGAGUGGAUUUCAAAGUGAAAACAGUUAGCAUUUCAAGCAACUGCGUGAAGCUUGCGAUAUGGGAUACCGCAGGUCAAGAACGUUUCCGAACGCUGACCCCGAGCUACUACAGGGGCGCGCAGGGAGUGAUUCUCGUGUACGACGUGACGAACAGGAACUCCUUUAGCAAGUUGGACAUGUGGCUCUCCGAGUUGGAGACGUACGCCACUAAGCCCGACAUUGUCAAGAUGCUGGUGGGAAACAAGAUUGACCAGCCAGGGAGGGUGGUGGAUCGAGACGAGGGCCUGCGGUUCGCCAGGAAACAUGCCAUGUUAUUCAUUGAGGCCAGCGCGAAGACGAAGGACGGUGUCCAGUGUGCGUUCGAGGAACUAGUGGAGAAAGUGAGUGUGAGAAUGAACCUCUGAUUAUUCAAACGCCAGGGCUUUGGGAAAUGGAUGGAAGCACCGGAUUCUCCCUCGGUGCCGGAGCCGACGCUGGUUCUGGCUGGAGCAGUACCCAGGUUAGGAAUACAAUCGAAAGGCGACAGGGAGUCGGAAAUCGGCUCUGCGCCGUUUAGUUAUCGCGUCAGGGCGGGAACGUUAUUAGGAACUCGGCGCCGAAGCAUUUUUGCGAUGGCUCAAGUGCUUUUGAUUGGUGGCGGCGGGCGGGAGCACGCCCUCGCUUGGAAAUUGGCCCAGUCCGAAGCGAUUUCUCAAAUUUUCGUGGCGCCCGGAAAUCCUGGCAUUGCUGGAGAGCCGAAAUGCGUGUGCGUCAGUGAUCUGAUACCGUCUGAUCACGAGGGGGUCGUGAGUUUCUGCAAGGACAGAAACGUAUCACUGGUGAUCGUGGGACCCGAAGCUCCGUUGGCCGGUGGUCUGGCGGAUGCUCUGAUAGCGGCUGAAAUCCAGUGCUUCGGACCACGAGCUGCUGCUGCAAAAAUCGAAUCGGAUAAAGAGUUUGCCAAAAGUUUCAUGAACACGAACGGAAUCCCGACGCCUAAUUGGCAGGCGUUUUCGGACGGUGCCACUGCGAAAGAAUUCAUCGCCUUGGCCCCAUACGAUGCUUUGGUUGUGAAAGCCGUGGGUCUCGCUGCUGGCAAAGGAGUCAUCGUGGCAUCCACCAAAGAAGGCGCGUACGAGGCCGUUGACGAGCUUAUGGCAAACUUCGGUUCAGCUUCCGAUCGAAUAAUUGUGGAGGAGAAAAUGUCCGGCGAGGAAGUGUCGCUUAUGGCUUUCUGCGAUGGUGAAUCGUACAAGUUGAUACCGGUGUCACAAGAUCACAAACGGCUGUUGGACGGUGAUCAAGGGCCGAACACCGGUGGAAUGGGCGCCGUUGCACCCGUUCGUCCCUUACCGGGUAGUUGGACGCUGGAAGAGUUGGAUGAGAAAAUUAUGAAAGUUGCUGUUGAAGGGAUGAAAAAGGCUGGAGUUCCGUUUGUUGGCGUGCUGUAUGCCGGUUUAAUGAUGACGAAGAAAGGCCCCAUGGUUUUGGAAUUCAAUUGUCGUUUUGGUGAUCCGGAAGCUGAGGUGGUACUUCCUCUACUCGAAUCCGACUUAUUAGAAGUCGUGAAGGCUUGUGUCGAUGGGAAGCUGGGUGACAUGGAGGUCAAGUGGAAUACGGAAACGAAUGUUGUGGGGACGGUUGUGAUUAGUGAGGGAUAUCCUGGUGCUUUCAAAAGUGGUCAUGAAAUCAAAGGUUUGGAGGUGGCGCAAAAAACGCCAGCAUUAAAGGUCUUCCAUGCCGGUACACGGCUGAGCAACGAUAAUUCGAACGGCGACGAGUCGAGAAUUUUGACGAACGGUGGCCGAGUGCUUUGUGUUGUGGGCUACGGCACGUCGUUGUCUUUGGCCAUGGAGAAGUCGACGUCUGGGGCCAUGCUUUUGUCGUUCCCAGGUUCCAAUUUCCGUCGAGACAUUGGUCAUCGUUGCCUUCUUCGAUCAAUUUUGGUGCAUGGGGAGUUGAGUUAUGCCGGGGCUGGUGUGAGCAUCGAACGAAGCGAUGCGUUUGUGAGCUCUAUUGUGCCUCUUGCGGAGAUGACGAGGAACAAAGGUCAUAUGGACUCAAUUGGUGGCUUUGGUUGUGCCUUUCGAUUGGCGGAUGCAGGAUUCGCAGCUGAUACUUCGAUCUUGCUUGCCGGUGCUGACGGCGUCGGCACGAAACUCCUGAUCGCUCAGGAAACAAAUAUUCACCGGACCGUUGGAAUUGAUUUGGUGGGAAUGUGUGUGAAUGACAUUUUGUGCCAUGGUGCCAAGCCGUUGCUUUUCUUGGAUUAUCUGGCUGCCGGUAAACUCAAUCUCAACGUGUCAAAACUUGUGGUUGAAGGAAUUGCCGAGGGGUGUUUGAUGGCUGGCUGCUGCCUUGCUGGCGGAGAGACUGCGGAAAUGCCAGGUUUGUAUCGUCCCGGAGUGUACGACUUGGCCGGGUUCGCUCUGGGAGCCGUAAGCAGCGACGAAACUCGAUUGCCGCGUUCAGAAGACCAAUUCAAAGUGGGCGAUGUAUUGAUUGGUUUGCCGAGCAGAGGACUGCAUUCUAACGGCUUCAGUUUGGUUCGUGACCUCGUGAAGGCUCGGGGUUUGUCCUGGAACGAGGUUUGCCCGUUUGACCCGGGCAACAGCUUGGGCAAAGCUCUCCUCACGCCGACCAAAAUUUACGUCAAGGAGGUGCUCCCGGUGAUUGAGCGUAAGAUGGUGAAAGCAGCAGCGCACAUCACUGGCGGCGGAAUCCCCGGAAACGUGGUUCGAGUGUUGCCGGAUGCGUUUGAGGCGGAGCUGAACGCGAGCGCGUGGACCAUUUCGCCGGUGUUCGGGUGGGUGGCGGCCGUGGGGCGCGUGUCGGCCGCCGAAAUGCUCCGCACCUUCAAUCUCGGCCUGGGCAUGGUCCUCGUGGUGGCUGCGCAUAAUCAGGACGAGGCGACGACGAUCCUUCGGGAACGCGGCGGGAAUCCGGUGGUUGUUGGACAGCUUAAACUCAGGGAGCCGUCGCUUCCAGAUUCUGGGCAACGAGUGAAAGUUACGAACCUUAUCCCAUCUCUGGAGAAGGCGAUGAAACCGUUUUUGCCGUUGGUGAUGACGCGGCAGAUCCCGCGCGCCGAAGACGGUCGAACGAAGAAGCGCGUGGCUGUGCUAAUUUCCGGCACUGGCACGAAUUUGCAAGCCUUGAUUGACGACACGCGGGAGCCGAAACACGGACGUCACUCGGAAAUCGUCCUGGUCAUUUCCAACAAGUCGGGGGUCGCUGGGAUCACUCGGGCCGAGGAAGCUGGCAUCCCUGUUGAGGUGGUGUCUCACCAAGAUUUCAAAUCAAGAGAAGAAUUCGACCAAGAGCUGCAUAGAAUCCUCAGUUGGUGGCAGAUCGACCUGGUUGUUUUGGCUGGUUUCAUGAGGAUACUUUCGCCUUGGUUUGUCCAACAAUGGCGAGGAAAAGUCCUCAACAUUCAUCCGUCCCUAUUACCCGCUUUCAAGGGUCUUGAUGCCCAGAAGCAAGCGCUUGGAGCCGGCGUCCGAGUUUCCGGCGCCACGGUACAUUUUGUCGAUCCGGAAGUGGACUCUGGGUCCAUAAUUGCUCAAGAACCGGUCCGAAUCAAUCCGGUAGAAGACAGCUUGGACGACGUGAUUGAGCGAAUAAAAGGCGUGGAACACGUCAUCUUCCCGCAAGCUCUGGAACUCGUCGCUUCCGGUCAAGUUCGUUUCAACGACCCGGCUUCCGGCGAUGACUGAAGGUGAUGUUAGUGGGCCUUCAAACGAAACAGAAAGGAUGAAAGGAGAGAACUCACACAGACACAUCCACACUGCCUUUGCUCUAUACCCGCUGGGCUUUUGUUUUCGUGUUUUAUUUUGUUUUGUCAAACACUGAAACGGAUGCAGCUGAUGUGUAGCAGUCCGAUGACGUUUUCUUGUGCGUGAAAGCGAUGUACUCAAACGCGUGCCUUGUGCUCGUUCCCUGCUGUAUUCGUCCCCUUCGGCUCGGUUGGUUCCUCUGUGAAUAAUUACACCGAUUGUUUAUUGUUUUGCUUGUGGACAUUCCAGCGCAUUCUUUUUCCCUGUUUCGCGUCGAAUAGGAGGACUAACUUGGGUCGUAGUUGCUUGCUCCACUCCCGGGGAUACGAUGUAUUUUGAAAAAUACUCUAGUGCUUCUGUUCUGUCGCAGAAGUUGAGAGCAGAACGACGACGAAGAAAGCAGAUGAUUGAAUCAAAAUGAAAAAGAAAAGCUGCGAUGAAUUUUUUUUCGAAGCUGAACGAUUUAACGCUGGCUGGCCGAAAAAGGGGAAAACAAGUUUUCCGUUUCGAACUCGGGCGGAAUUUUUUUUUCAACAGUUGUUCAUGUCGGCGGGCUAAAGUUGUUUCGCAGUCUUGUUGCACAUGGAACGAAGUGCAAUUUUUUCAAAUGAAUUCAGUUUUUUCUGUUGCCAUGAAUAAAGAAAGGUUUCUUUUAUUGUUUUUUGUUCUGGAGGAAAUCGUGUCUGACCUCUUGCGUUUGAUUGUGCUGAAAGCUGGGCUGUGCGAAUGCUCCUGGCAUUGAUAACAUUCACGGAAAAGAAAAACGAUUUUUAUUUCGAAAGAGAAAGUUUCGACGCGUUCGGCGAUGGUGGAUGAGAUUCGGUUUUAUUUCGUUUAUUAAUUUUUUGGGGAGGUUGUGGGCCUGCUGCUGUCAAUUUUAUCGAUUGCUUCUGGCUUUGAGCUGUGAAUGGAAUAUCGAGAGCUUUUCGUGAACGCUCCUUGA